CCUUCGUGGCUUCCAGGAUGUUAAUGGAUCGGUGAAGCAGCAUAUACAUACCCGGAUACGAACAUGUCCAUCUUUCUCCUACUCUCGCAAGUAUACAUAUUAUUUUUUUUGGUCGGCAAUUGGAUACUCUACCUCAUAAGAGGCAAGGCGUCCCCUCGUUUGUGCUAGAUAUCCACGACAUACCCGUAGUCCUUGCUAUUCCAUCUCGAUAGCAAUUGCUCCAUUCAUUUCCGACCCAACCAGUGUCUAGACUAUAUUCUGAUAUGGCUGCUGUCGACACCACACCAGCCCCCAGUCUUCCAGACUAUGUCACCGACCCCAACGCCGUCCUCAAAGACGCAGACGCAAGAUGGAGAUAUGGGAGAGCCCCCGACUACACGAAGACGCGAAAGGUCUUUACCGAAACCAAGAAAAUGAACCACACCGCCGGCAGCCUGCCCGCGCUCAUCGAAGCCCUCGUCAAGAACUGGGAGAUCGAAGCCUCGUUCAAGACCUCGCUCGCCGACUGGCGCACCAUCGACCGGCCCAACUACAGCUUCGCCAUCAACGGCGGCCCGCCGCAGAGCGGCGAGCACAUGCUGGCCGUCGGCACGUACAACGCCAUCAUCGCGCCCAACGAGUUCUACUCGCCCGCGGCCUCGGACUUUGCGAGCAGCCACAAGACGUUCAAGCGCAUGAUGCCCACGUUUGCCUGGGAGGUCGUCGAGGUGUAUGCCGGGCCGCCGCAGGUUGCGUUUCGCUGGCGGCACUGGGGCGUGAUGAGGAAUGACUAUGUCGGGUUCAACGACAAAGGCCAAAAAGUCACAGCCAAAGCCCACGGCGGCACCAUCGACAUCGAAGGCGUCACCGUCGCCACCGUCGACGAACUGCUCCGUCUGCGCAAGGUCGAGACCUGGUUCGACCCGCUCGACAUGUUCCGCCAGAUUGCGCCCAAAGGGAUCGUCAACAGGGAGGUCGUGCCGCUCCGAGCCGAUGAUGGCGCAGGCGCGUCAGCGGACACGGAGUCGCCGUCGCAGUCGCAUGAUGGUGCGGAUAUUGGCGCUGAGGGCGGCGUGCGUGUGUCGUCGUCGUCGUUGUCGGAGUCUUCUGUAGAUGCACAGACACAAGAACAGGCAGAGGAACAAGCAGAUGCACAAGAACAGGAACAGGAACACAUCCAUCCACACGAAAUGGAAGACGCCGUCCAGCCCGUCGCCGGCGAGGCCGUUGCCGCACACCCCGCCAGCGCAGAGACGCAGCAGACGCACGAGGAGAUGUCGCGCGUGACGCCUGCCGAGUGUCCGUUUUUGAUGAACAGGGAGUGAAGUGGGCGAGUGGGUGUGGGUGAGUGGGUGAAGUUGGAGUGGAACACGAAGAUGAAAAGAAGAAAAGGGAAGGAGAGGGAAGAAAA